AUGGACAGACCUAAGACGACAAUGAAGUAUCCAUGUGCUGAUUCAGACCCAUUGCCCAUGUCAAGUCCCGAUGUCCGUGACGCCGACCAAGCCCUCCUGUCUGACAAACUCCGGCCAUGUCCCGAGCAGGAGCUUUGGGACUGGGCUCCAAACCUGACGGAGACACACCCGUCUGCCCAACAAUCCAGGAAACGGAUCAUGGUGAAAAGAGGAAAAGCUAAGAAGAUGUUCGGCUGGGGAGAUUUCCAGUGCAAAGUACAGUCCACAAGCCUCAAUCUGCUCAUCGCUGGGAAGAUCGUGGAUCACGGCAACGGAGCGUUCAGCGUUUAUUUCCGCUACAACACCACCGGAGGUGGAAACGUCUCCCUAGGGCUGGUUCCUCCGAGCAAAGUGGUGGAAUUUGAUGCAGCGGCUCAAAACGUUCUGCACUCGGUGGACUCGAGGAUGUUUAACUGCAGGGUGGAACAUGAGAGGGUGGAGAGAGGUACCAAAAGCACACGCUGCUGGAACGACCCGUCUCAGAGCUGCGACCAGGAUCAGACUCACAGCCAUGUUUCUUGGCUCUGCUCAAAACCGUUCAAAGUCAUCUGUGUCUACAUAUACUUCUAUAGCUUGGACUACAAACUGGUGCAGAAAGUCUGUCCAGACUAUAACUACCACAGCGAGUCUCUGUACUUACCUUUUGGAUGA